CCACGCAGUUACAUUCGCGCGAAACGACUGUUCGCGUCCAAAAAUGGCGACUGUUCGCAAAGUUGCAAUUUCGGGAAAAUUCACUGUAAAGAUAACAAAGUGGCAUGUGAAAAAGGGCCAAGAGGUAGUCAAAGAUGCCAACCUUGCAAGCUACAUGCAAUGCAGUAGUGGCGAGAAGGCGUCCUCGACACAGCCUCAAGAACGGAUACUGAAGUCAAGAUUUGAAGGAAAGGUUUCAAAGAUUCUUGCCGAGCAAGGCGAUACAGUAUCAGCAGGGCAACCAGUUAUUUUCAUUGAUGAAAGUCACUGUCUGCACACAAUUAUAAUGAAGGAUAUGUGCUGUGAAUGUGGAGCUGACCUUCGACGGGAAGCAAGUAUCCCUGGAUGUUUAACUGGACCUGUAGCUGCAGGGGUAUCGAUGGUUCAUAAUAUCCCAGAGCUUCGUGUUAGUUUUGAGGAGGCUGAGAGGAUCGCCAGAUAUGAUGAAAGACAGCUCCUGAGAGCAAAAAAGUUGGCACUUGUUGUUGAUUUGGACCAAACAUUGAUUCAUACUACGCAUGAAGCAGUGCCAAGGGACAUUCCGGACAUUUUCCACUAUCGUCUUCCGGACCAUCCAAUUGAAUACCACACGAAGGUGAGGCCAGGUGCAAAGGACUUCCUCGAGAAAGCAUCGAAGUUAUUCGAGCUUCAUAUAUUCACAAUGGGAUCGAGGAUAUAUGCCCACACCAUAGCGAGACACUUGGAUCCAGAUGAAAAGCUCUUUGCCCAUAGAAUCAGAUCAAGGGAUGAAUGUAUGGAUUUCUUCAGCAAGUCACAGGACUUAAGAGCCUUGUUCCCCUGUGGUGAUCACAUGGUAUGCAUAAUCGACGACAGAGAGGAUGUGUGGAACUUCGCGCCAAAUCUCAUAACUGUGAAGCCGUACAAGUUCUUCAAAGGGAUUGGCGACAUAAAUGAUCCUUACGGGAAUACGGGUACCACCGAAGCUCCUGCGCAAGAUAGUCAGGCGGAUGAAGACAAAGAAACUGAAGACCAGCCGUUGGAUGAGGUGGAGGCAGUUGAAAACGGAGUUGGAAAGGAGGAUGGGCCGGUUAAUGGAGCUGGAGAAGACCGGGAUGAGAAGGAUGCAAGUGGUGAGAAGAAUGAGAUGAAGAAUGGUGACAAUGUAGAUGAAACUUCCAACACAAAAGAGCAGUGUGACAAGGCUGAUAACAAUCAAUGUGAAGCAAUAGACGCGGAUGCCGACUCUAAUGGAAGUAAUCACCCCCCGGAUUUGGAUGACUAUCUUUAUUACCUUGAAGAAAUCCUUGAACGUAUUCAUGGCGCAUUUUAUUCAACUACUGACUUGAUAAAAACAAAUGGAGGCCUUUCUCGAGAGGAUCCGGAGAUCGCCAGAUUUUGCACUCCGGGAACAACGAAUCCGGAUACGCGAAUAAUUGUUCCAGCAUUACGUCAACAGACGCUUCAAGGAACCAACAUUGUAUUUACUGGAGUUGUACCGACAAACGUUCCUGUGAAGAAUAGUACAGUGUAUCGAACAGCAGUAAGUCUUGGUGCUAAAGUAACCGACAGUAUUUUAUACCGUAAGAACACCGACAAUAGUGUCACUUCUUCAGACUAUACAACUCAUGUUAUUGCUGCUAGACUCGGUACCGAAAAAGCAUACCGAGCGAGCAGAAUAUCCGGUAUUCAACUCGUUGGUGUGGACUGGCUAUGGUGCUGUUCUCAGAGGUGGGAACGAGUCGAUGAAAGGCUGUUUCCUGUCCCCAAUCGUUCGCGGGCCAACGGUGGAGAUACCCCAGACUUUUCGAAGAGAGGUACGCCUAUUCAUGUUGAGGCUGAGAGAGUCACUGGAAAUAAGACGAAACCCGUGUCAAAGCAUAACGAAGAGAGUUUGCUGAAUAAUAAAAUAUCAACGGAGGAAGACAUUCUAGAUUCUCUUAACCCGGUCACAUUCAGCAAAGAUGAACUUGAUGAGAUGGAUAAAGAGGUAGAAGAAUAUAUGGCGAGUGAUAGCGAAGAAGAUCCGGACGUUUUAGGUAGCAUAUCCGGUUCGAGUAGCAACAUUGAUCAUUUGCAAUCGAAGAGUACAGCUUUUAUGAAAGAGAAACACGACAGAGAUAAUAAUAAUGAAAAUUUUAACGAAGAUGGCGACGAUGAGGGAGAUGAUGACGACGAUGACGAUAACGAAAAUAACUUCAUUCCACGCCGUAAACGCAAAUCGAAGCUUUCUCGGGUGCCAGGCUCAUCUCAGAAGCGAAUAAUCUCGGAUGAUGAUGAAGAUAGUGAUGAUGAUGACAUCGAGUUGUCGCGUAUUUCUGAAAUGGUCAAGCGAAAAAAAUUAGCGAUGGCCGAAGAAUCAGGAAAAGCAAAACAACCUGAAACAGGAAUUUUGGUCAAAGGUGAAGGUGAAAGCCCCCGUACCUCAACACCGAAACACGGGCUGUCAGAAAUACCUCCGGAGGAAAAACCCCCUCAAAAAAAUUCUCCAUUCUUAAAGAAAGUCGAAGGGAAACGAAAGUUUUCAGAAAAUGACCGUGAAGUAAGUGUAGGCCGCCCAAGGAAAAAGUAUAAGCGAAAUGACAAGAAAAUAUCUUCAGCAAGUAACUUCGAAGAGGGGUCGUCACCAAAAGGACAAGGACAGGACAGCACAAGAACUCAGCCAAGCUUUGGCACCAAAGAAAAUGAUUCGAAAAAUGGUGAAAAUAUUGAGAAGGAAAGCCAUUCUGGGCACAGCGAUGGUGACGCGAAAGACGAAAAGACGAAGAACACCAAAUCUUCUGGUAACAACCCUUACAUAAGUGAUAUAUCUGAUGCAGAAGAGGAAGAAGAAGGGACAUCUUCUAAAUCUCAUGACAAAAUUACAAGUGAUAUGUUCCGUGCAAACAUAUUCACAAAUGUUCUUGAUAGACUUUCAGAUCAUGGAUCCUUGAACGAACCUAGCUUGUCACCUGUAGUUCAGUCAGAUGCGGCAUUGGCCCAAUUCGAUGGUGAGAAGAAGGAACAUAGUAAAGAAACCAAAGGUGAUUGCAAAGCAAGCAGCAUUUUAGAAUCAGAAAUUACGGAUAGUUUGUCUCAAAGAUCUGAUACGGUCUUAAGUAAAAUCGAUUCAGGAACUGGUAAGAUUCAAAGCUCUCCAGAAGAGAGCGAUCUUCAGUUAGAUAGAUCUUUCGAAACGAACAAGGCAAAUAACAGGAAAACGGCUGCUGACACGCAAGGUAAAAAGGCCAGGUAUCUAGAAGAUGGUACAUUAUCGGCUGAUUCUGGAUCAGAAGAAAGGAAAACAACGGAAAGUGCAGCAAAACCCAUGAUAAAUUUUGAUUCUUCAAACCCGGAGGCUCUGAAGAAAAAGAAAGAUAAAAAGAUUAAAAUACCAAGCUUGUCUGGGGAUCAGGAGGCUGAAAGUCAUUCUAAGCUUUCAAAGAAGAACAAGAAAGAUGAAGUUUCAAGAGACGUUGGCGAGACUAUUGAAAAGAGCAUAAGUAAAGACAUCUCUAAUGAAGGUGUAAAAAUAAAAAGUGCUGAGAAACUGCUUAAGAAAUCUAAGAAGAAGAGGAAAGAAGAGAUGAAGGGAGAAGAAACAGAAGACUCGUCACGGUUUGAUUUCAGCCGGAAGGGUAAAGACAAGGAUAACUGCUCAAAGUUUGAAGACAGAAGUGAACCAUCUGUUGCUGCUAAAGUAAAAAUACACGAAAGUGGGUCAGACACUUUACCGGAGAAGGAAGAACCCCUGUCACCUAUUCAAUCGUCAAAGCCCAAAAGUUUUAAGGGCAAGUUCUCCGACAAGACUUCCAAGGGCGCUAUAGAAUCGCAAGAGUCAAAAAAUGAUGAAAAGGGGAAAGAGAUUAAAUCCCACACACCUGUCAUGAAAAAGAAGAUCAAAAUUAUACAGAGUCAAACUUCAUCAAAUGAGCGAUUCCUUGAGUCAAAAGCUGACCUGUCCAAGGAAGAGGAAGUGAAUUCAAGCAGUGGUGUCGAGACUCAGUCGUCCAAGAAUAAGAAUGUGAAAAUAGACCAGUUUUUAUCAAGUAGUAGUGGUCGGACGUUGUCUGAGGGUUCCAAGGAUAACUCUACAAAAUCAAGUUUAGACGUAGCUAAAAAAGUCAAAAAGGAACCUGGUGCUAAAAGUGAAAAGACUAUCAAACCCAAAGAUAGUUUAAAAGAAAUCCAGAAAGAUCAAAAGAAGAUUUUGGCCGAUAAAGAUGGAGACCCUCAAAGGGGAUCACCAGAAAAGCAGAAAAAGUCUUCACAAGCGAAAAAAUUCUCAAGCAAAUUGAAAGAUGGCAAAUCAGAAUUCAAGAAGAUGCAAGAUUCUUCUCGGGAGUCUGAAAAGAGUAUGUCCAAAGACGCAAGGAAAAAUGGUGGAAAGGAAGUUGCAGCUGAAAACUCACGGGACAAUAAAGUAAUUUCAGGUGACAGUCAGCUGAAAGCCUCGCCUGUUAAAGAAUCCAGGGGAACCUCUUUGAAAGAGCUGAAAACAACACCUGUUAAAGGAAGGAGAGAGAGCAAAGAAAUCGAUUUGAAGAUCUGGGAUUUUGGCCUACAAAAAGUUGCUCCACCAAAGGUUGUAAAAAUGUCGAAGAUUAAAGAGCAGAAAAGAGCCCAAUUAAAGGAGAAUAAAGCGAAAAAAGAAUGCGAUUUGAAGGCCACUGAUCAACAACAGACACCAGAUAAGCUUAAGAAAACUGAAUCUGCAAGCAAAAACCUUCAAAGCUCCGUCGAGAGACCUGAUAAUAAAGAAUCGAAAUCUAAAGAACCUGUUGAAUCUAAGCGUGAGUCUAAGACUGAAGCUGUCCUUGUGACUGAAAAUGCAGUUGUAGGUAAGCCCGCUGAAUUGAAGGAGGAUGAAAAGAAGUCAGAGUGUAAUAAGAAAUUGGAAAGCAUAAAAGCAGAGCAGCAAGACGAAGCUGAUAAAAGGGAUAAUUCUUCUCUGGGUUUGAGUAACAGAGAGGCUUCUCUGGGUAUGGGUCUAGAUUUGAGCAACAGAGAGGCUGAAAAAUCUGGUUUUAAAGAAGUGAGAGCCCCAGAAGAAAUUGAUCUUGCUGGUGAUAAGGCUGCUGCUACCGAGGAUGCAGACAGGAACACCGAAGUUGAAAUGGAGCAUAUUGGAAAGAUUGCGUUGGAAGCAAGCGAUGCAGUUUCAAUGGACUCCCCCUCAACAUCUCAAGUAAAGCUAGAAACUACAUUAGGAAGUACAGAUCCCGUUUGCAAAGUAACGUCUUCAAAGGAGGAAAUCCCAUCGCCUUCUUUGCAACAAAGUGCAGAAGAAGAGUUUAAGUGUGGAGAUGCAGUACCAGUUGAGGCAGAUAAACAGCAUGUUAAAAAUGGCACGGAGGAUAUAGACAAACAACAUGAUAAUGGCGAAACAUUAGAUGAAGAAGAUAAGGAAAAAGUAUCAUCAAAUGAAGCUGAAGUGAAGAUGGAAAAUAGUGAUGGCUUGCUGCUUAAUGAUUUUGGCGCAGUCAGUGAUUUAGAGGAUCAUCUGGGACCGUUUCAUGGCACAAAGUUGGAGGAGACAGACAUUGAUAUCAAGGAGCUAUCAAACCCAGAAGAUACACUCAAAAUGUUGACACAAGAAAUGCAUAGACAGGGAGCCCCUGUGCAGGAGAGUAAAGUAUCAGAUCAAGAAACCCAUAAUGUAACAAUGACUGGCCAUGAUUUUACGAUUUUAAGCGAACAAAUUAAUGAAAAAAUUAAGCAUCUCAGUAGUAGAAGUUUUGUUUCUGAAUUGUCAGAGGAAGAGAAGCAUAUUGUUAAUAUAUCUAUGGAAAUGGCAGAGAAUCUCUCUCAAGAUGCUGAUCAUGAUGAAACAAGGAUUAAUUGUAAUAGUACUGAGGAUGAUAGUUUGAAAUUCAAGUCUUCCGAAAUGCUAAAGAGCUCAAACAGUGAACAUUGUACGUCACCUUCAAAGGAAUUAACAGACCUUGAACAACCGAUUUCACAUUCAGAAGGACUCAGUUGCAAUGUUACAAAUGAAAACAAUGAAAUUAUCCCCCCAGCCACGAAUCUUAGCUCAAGUACUAGCGAUAUAACUGUCGAUGUAGAGAAACACCCAGCUAGUACACAGUCCUCGCCUGCUGUUUCACAAACAAGUUCUUCUCUAGUUUCCAGCCAUUUACCUGUUUCAGCUAGAAUGUCAUCAACGAGAUCGCGAACAGUUGACUUGGAACCUCGUGGAAUAGCCCAAGUUGUUGCUGAUAUUGACCUUAAUUCUAUUCCUCGCUGUAUGCUAGAGAGCGGUAAGCCCCCCGAAAAUGCAGCUGUUUCUGAGUCUGAGUCAGGCCUACAAACCCCUAGUACACCAAAUAUGAAUGUUGCGCCCGCUACUGACGAAAAGCAAACAAAAGAAUCGGCUGGUCUCCUUACUCAAGACAGCAACAGCAGCAGCAACAGCAGUAGCAUUGAUCGUCUGAAACGAAAGUCAGCUGUUCAAGGUCAGUCGUUGACUUGGAGAAAAGCAAUGUUCAAUGAACAUCAUUUUACAAAAUUGUCCGUGCCAAAACAUUUUCAUGAUUUUUCCCUCAUAACAGCCGACUAUUGGCAAGAAGAUCCGAAAAAUGCAACGAUGACGUCAGAUAUCGAGCAUAAAGAAGUUAAAGAACUGAAAGAAUCGCACGCAGUUGAGCUGAAAAGGCUACAUCUGUGCAUGGAGCAGGAGCUUGUUCGGGUUGAAAGCAGAUACCAGUCAAUGUGCAAAAACAGAAAAGUAAUAAGCGCUUGUUCGACUGUGAUGUAUCAGAAACUAGAGCAAUACUCAAAACUUAAUAUGAAAAGCACCAAAAAGACACAAGAAGAAGCCAGUGUCAGCAAUGAAGAAGUAAGAAGGAAUGCCAUUAAGGAAGUGUUGGACAAGUAUAUAAAAAAGGAGGAGGAUAUGUUUAAGAGGCAAGAACAAGAAUUGGCUGCUUUGGACCGUCGUAUAGCAGUUGAGAAAAUACAGCGACUUAGUGCUGAGGAGCUUUUGCGAAGGCAUUGUCUCAGAGAACGUAUUUUAUGAGUUUUAUAUCAUGUGAUUUGAAAAAGUUGUAUAUUUUAGUGGGUUUUAAUGAUAUUUUACAGGUAGCCA